AUGUUACUUCCAAAGCCCUUCAUAGACGGAUUACAUUUAAUUGUGAUUGAUUCUUUGAAAGAAUCUUUGAUCAACACCAUCAAUCAAGACUCCCUCCUGGUGGCCUUUGCCCAUAUCGAGCCCCGUAUCUGCUCCUUGGCUAAAGCUCCAAUCAUAUCACCGAAACUGGAUUCCUUUAUUGUAGACCUGCGUCACGAAUGUUUGAACUUGGUGGACCAGAAACUACGUGCGGUUCUGGACAGCUUUCAUCCAGAUCAAGACUCGACUCCUUCAACACCAGUUGACACUCAAAUAACUUCUUUGAACUCAAAGAAGAGGCGAUUUUCUGAUUACGCAAGCUCUGGACAUGAAGAUAUUUCAAGCAAGGAAGACACUGUGUUAUCUUUGAACCAGUCUCCUGCUUCAUCAAUUCAAUGUGUACACGAAAUGGACUUGGUAGAAGAACAUAUCAUAAGUGAACACGGCUCUUAUGGUUCAAUGUCUUCAAGCUCCUCUCAAAUCCAAUCUGUAUACAAAUCAGACUCGGUAGAGGAAGACACUACAAGCCAAAGUGAACAGGACUCUUAUCAUACUUCAUUGCGGCCGAGCUUCUCUCCCAAUCAAUCUGUAUACGAAUCAGACUCGGUAGAGGAAGAUACUACGAGUCAAAGUGAACAUGACGCUUAUAUAUCAUUGUCUUCAAGCUCCUCUCCCAAUCAAUCUGUAUACGAAUCGGACUUGGUGGAUGAAGAUACUACAAAUAACAGCGAAGAUGACUCUUAUAUCUCAUUAUCUUCGACCUUCUCUCCUGCUUCAUCAAACCAAUCUGUGUAUGGAUCAUACUCGGUGCUAGACGAAGAUGUCACAAAUUCAAGUGAUCAAGAAUCUUAUACCUCAUGGUCUUCUGACUCCUCUGCUUCUUCAUCAAAUCAAUUGGCAUACCAUUCGGGAUCAGUAGAUCAAGGCACCACCAGUGAAGAUGACUCUUACACCUCAGUCUCUUCGAAAUAUGAAUCAGGCUCAGUAUAUCAAGAUAUCCCCAGUGAAGAGGGACCAUUUACGCCUUCAUCAUCAAUCUCAUCUUCUGUCUUCAAUUCUUCUCCUUCUGUGCCAAGCCGAAGCCAAAGCCAAUAUGUGUACAGAUCAGUUCAUGUAGACUUUAACACUUAA